AUGGAACAUUAUUUGCCGGAAAUUUAUUGGCACGAUCGGAAAGCUUUAUUGUCGAUCGUAACAACGAGUACGCAAAGGGAAGUACGAAUUUGGUCAUUCGAUUUUGAAAAUGUUGGAGAUUCACGAAAUCGUGCUGGUCUUGCUGUUAAUUUUAUCGCUAAUCUUGAAGGGCAUCGUGGACCCGUUAAUAUUGCUCGAUUCUCACCAAAUGGUGAAAUAUUGGCAUCAGGUGAUUGUGAAGGAUUUAUUGUUGAAUCUGAUGAAAUUGAUGCAAUACCUCCAAAUAAAGAAAACUGGGUGCGAAUGAAACAAUCUGUCAGACACGAUUAUGAUGUAUGUUGGUUGUGCUGGAGCCCAGAUAGUUCGCAAAUUGCUACUGUAUCAAAUGAUGAAUCCAUUAUCGUAUAUAAUGUGUUGCUCGGCGCUCGUUCAUGGACAGUAAAAAAUUUUCGAAGUUUCCCUAAUGGCAUUGUUUGGGAUCCUCGCGGGAAAUAUAUCGUAACGAUGUCAACUGAUCGGAAGUUGGAUAUUUUGAGUGCUGCAAAGGGAAUAAAACUUCGAACUAUUUCGAGUAUCGAUCUACCGCAAUCCGGUGUUAGAAUUUUCCAUUUUUACGUUUAUAAAUUAUUCCACGAUGACCAAAUGAUGGCAUUUGCAAGAGUUGCCGAUUUUUCACCUUGUGGGGAAUUGCUUGUAGCACCAAGUGGGCAUUUGGAAGUAGGUGGUUCAAAUAUUUAUGCGAGUUAUAUAUUUAGGCGCUCUGAUUUUCUCAAUCAUUAUUUCUUGUUGGUAAAAUGUUUUCAGAAAGUAAAUAAUUUAACUAUAAUUAACUAUAAUUUUAUAAUUUUUUCUAUAAUUAUGAUUAUAAUUUAUUAUAAUUUUUUUAGGUUGCCUUAUCGAGUAGUAUGGGCAAUAAUGACUAAAGAUUCUGUGUCGCUGUAUGAUAGUCAAAGUAAAUUACCCUUUGCAUAUAUUGAUAAUAUUCAUUACAAUAGUCUAAGCGAUGUUGUUUGGAGUUAUGACGGCCGAGUUUUACUGAUUACUUCGCUUGAAGGCUACUGCAAUCUACAUAAAUUUGAAUGGGAUAUAUGUUUUUUAGAAGAAGAAAAGGCAAUAUCGGAGACAACUAGAAGCACUCCGGAACGAUUGAAAAGUGAAAUAAGAACUCCAAAAAAAUCUGCAGAAAGUCAUACUCUUUUUAAAUAUUUGAAAAAAUUUGAUCCUUCUAAUGAAACAAUAAUCGAAUCUAAUGAAUGCGAACUCAUUAAAGAGUUAGUUUUAAAUUAG